AUUAAUAAUUUUCUUAUUUCAAAAUGGCGAAAAUGCUAAGGGAGAAAUUGAUCACCUAUUACGAGUUAAUCCUACAAGGCAAAGACCCCUCAUCAAGGAGAAGCGACUUCUGGGAUGAAUUUUUUCUAUUAAAAGCUAAUGUAGAAUUUUUAGAAGGAGCUAUUAUGGCAAUGUCUUUAUCUAACCUCAUGCAAAUCAAAGCUAACAUUAAUAACUUGUUUAUCCAGUGCUGUCGAAUGCUUCAAACUGAUGACAACAUGAUUAGAAAUAUCAAUGCUUUGCAGACAUUAUGUGUAUUAGUUCAGUCAAUUUAUCGUAAACAUUCAUCUUCUGAUUCCAGCAUUGAAGUGGUUGACAUCCUGACUGGGGUCGAUGCUGCAGACUGUCAAAUGAGAAAUCUCAUAGAGUGCUUAUGCAAAUUUUUAUCAGAGGAAUAUCCUGUUAGUGUAAAGAACUUGUGCCUCAAGUUCAUACUCAUCAUCCUAACCUCGAUUGAUAACAUCAGUCAGAAUGUCAUGCUGGAAUAUUUCAUGCUCAACAGCAUAUUUGAAGCUCUCGUAUCGACAUUCUUUCAUCCUGAUGCUCAGGAGCACCACGGCUAUGAUGCAGCUGUUGCCCUAGCCCUGUUAGUCAAUUACAGGAAGCAUGAGGCUGCUAAUCUCUAUGUAAUCAAGCUCUCUGUCUUGGAUAAUGAGAUCAUUCUUAACGGUUUGGGUCAUAUUAUAUCAGCAAUUUUAACUGAAUAUAUAAAGCAAUAUUCAUCUUCUCACGAAGAGCCAAAGUCAUUGAUAGGUGCUCUUACCAGCUGGGUAGGAAGUGCUUUGAUGCCAGCUGAAGCGCCACCUGCUAAAGUCAGGAUAAGUGAGGCCUUACUGCUAGUGCUAUAUGAAGCAGUCUAUCUUAAUAAACACUUUCACUCUGUCCUAACACACACUCGAUCUGUUUCAACUCCAAGCACACCUACCUCUCCUUCACCAGCUGUUCAUAAAAACCUUCCAGUCCCCAGCUCUCCAACUUCCACUGAUGUUGCUUCUAUUGUACCAAUGGCAGCACAGCCUAUGAACCUGUUGGGUACUUUUAUUACCUUCACAUCAAUUAUCAUACAAAACAUUAAAGACGAUAAAGGGAAGCAUAAUGCUAGACUUUGUCUUAUCAUUUUGAAUUGUAUUGUUGAAAACUCUCAGUCCACUGCCUUUCUAUUUGAUCCAAAUAUGACAUUUCACAUUGAAAUACACAGAGCAAAUUUGCUGCACAGGAAACUGAAGAGAGAGAACUCCUUGCAGUCUCUAUCAAUGGCUGGCUCACUGCUAGAAUUGAUAGUUGAGUUUAUAGUUAGUCACCUUUCUCAGAAUUUCCACAGUGACCUUUAUUGUAAAUGCCUGGGGAUUGUACACAGGCUCCUCUGUUAUCAAAAAAGGCACAAAGUCCGUCUGAGUUACAGCUGGAAGGAGUUGUGGAAUGCUCUCAUUAGUCUUGUCCGUUUCUUUGUCUCAAAUGGAGAGAAAUUGCUACCAUCAAUCAACAUAUUCAUCCCAGCAAAUGAAGUCAUUAAACUCUUUAAUCUGUUUAUUACGUAUGGGGACACAUUCCUUCCUGAUCCCACGGUCUACGAUGAGCUCUAUUAUGAACUAAUUCGUGUAAAGACAUCCUUUGAUGGGCUCUAUCAAUUAGCUCUCAGGUAUUCUUCUCCUGGUAAAGAUCAAGCCUCUGUUGCUAAUUCCCUCACUUCUGCACUAUACAAUAUCAGAUCAAUAGCGAAUCAUUUUGCACCGAAAAUUGAUCAAUGUUGUGCGACCAAUCAAACGACAGCACUGUCUACCGAGCAGGUACUAGAAGUGAUAAGAAAUAACUAUGACACUUUAACUUUGAAGUUGCAGGAUGGUCUAGACCAACACGACAAGUAUAGCGAGAAACCAAAGGAAUCUCCAUACUUUUCACAACUGGUAAGGAAUAUAACUAGUGAGGCUAGGAAGACUUUAGUAGUAACCAGUUUACAGCAAAUGACAAUACUGUCUGAACUCUCUGGUAAUGUAUAAUCUUGUGCUACAUAUUAUCAAUUUCUACCUUUAUUUGUUAAUACUUAUUAAACAUUUUAAA